AUGCCGCCCCCAGAGAAGAGCCGAGGCGCCCCGGCCCAGGCGCUCGCGGGCCGCGCUCGGGGUCGGCUGCCCGGGCUGCCGUCGCCGGCGCUGUUCUGCGCCUGCGGCCUGUGCGUGCUGCUGGCGGGCGUGAACGUGACGCUGGUGGGCGCCUUCGCCUCCUUCCCACCCCGGAGCAACGCGCCGCUCGUCGUGGGCCCGGCGCUGCUGGCGCUGGCGCUCGUCUGCUUCGCGGCCUGCUGCGCGUGUAGCCGCCGGGGCCCCGCGCCCCGCGCGCGCUCGGCGGCGGCCUCGGGCCCGGGCCGGGGCGGCGGCGGCGGGCCGGUGGCGCUGGAGAUGGAGAGCAGCGAGCGCACGGCGCAGGACACCACGGCCGUGCAGCUCAGCCCUGCCGCCUCGGCCGCGUCUUCGAGCCGCUCCAGCCCCGGCCCCUUCGCCCUGGACGCCUCCGCGCCCGCGGCGGCCUAUGCGCCGCGCACCGAAGGGGUCCAGCUCAACCUGCCCCGGGAGCGCGUCGCCCCCUAG